AUGAUGGUGCAAGUAUCGCGAGCUGGAGACGUCCGAACCCCAGACGUCACCUUUACGCCGAAUCCUGGCUCUGCUCCAACCUUACCACCAACUCACAUCUCCUCCAACCUCGUCUCCAUCGCACACAUCUUUUCCCACUCCCCGCGCCUCCCUCCCCAUCUCAAUUGCAAUACACAACAGGUAGCCUCUUCACACCACACCCUUCUCCCUCCCGGCAAGAUGGCCCCCCGACUCCCCCGCGCCGUCACCUCCACGGCCGCCUACUUCCUCGUCAACCCCUCUACAGCUGCUGCCGGCCGCGCCGCCUCGCUGCGUCUCUACUCCGCCCAGGCCGAGCCCCUCAUCCGCGUCGCCAACCUCCCCGCCGGGGGCACCUCGGGCCACAUCCGCGUCCUCGAGCUCAACCGCGCGAGCGCCCGCAACGCCAUCUCCAAGGGCCUGCUCGCCGCCCUGCGCGCCGAGGUCGACGCCAUCCACGCGCAGUACGGGCCGAGCGGCGAGGAGCACCCCGCCGCGACGUCGGCCCAGGGCGGUCCCACGCGCGCCCUCGUCAUUGCGAGCGCCGUCGAUUCCUGCUUCUGCGCCGGCGCCGACCUCAAGGAGCGUCGCGGCUUCACCCAGGAAGAGACCAACGAGUUCCUGACCAACCUCCGCGCCACCUUUGCCUCCCUCGCCGACCUCCCCAUCCCCACCAUCUCGGCCAUUUCCUCCAUCGCCCUCGGCGGCGGCCUCGAGCUCGCCCUGUCCACGCACUUCCGCGUGCUCUCCUCCAACGCUACCGUCGGCCUCCCCGAGACGCGCCUCGGCAUCCUCCCCGGCGCCGGCGGCACGCACCGCCUCCCCGCGCUCAUCGGCCUCGGCCGCGCGCGCGACCUCAUCCUCACCGGCCGCCGCGUUGCCGCCCCCGAGGCCUACUUCCUCGGCAUCGCCGACCGCCUCGUUGAGGUCGUGCCGGAGGACGAGCGCGACGCCGACAACAACAGCAUGCUGCCCUUGGCGCGCAAGGCCGCGCUGAGCGAGGCCGUCCGCCUCGCGCAGGAGAUUUGCGAGGGCGGCCCCGUGGCCAUCCGCGCCGCGCUGCAGGCCGUUGCGUGGGCGCGCCCCGAGAAGGAGAAUGAAAUGUACGAGCGUGUCGUGGCUACCGAGGACCGCAACGAAGCCCUCAAGGCGUUCCAGGAGAAGCGCAAGCCCGUCUUCAAGGGGAGGUAA